AUGGCUGUGCUUGCUGACAUUGACGCUAACGUUGACACUGUAUCUGAAUUCCUCGCUUGGGCUGUUGAUGUGUGUCAUGCUGUGCGAGGGAUACACAGUCUGGGAUAUACAGAUCGCUGUGAUACUGACUUUGCUCGCUUGCUCGAGGGAUUGACGCAUUCGGUGAAGCGUGUUGAAGAGGGAGAAUACGAGAAAAGUCUGAUCAAGUUUUCUUGUGUUCAGAUUGGUAAUGACCUCGUCGUCCACGUCAACCGUGUCUUGAACGCGUUCAGUGAUUCAAUUGAUGUCGCUGGGUUCUGCAAGCUUUGGCCCCUGGACGAUGUUACGGCGCUGAGUGUACGGCUCCGUGAAGUGUUGCAUCAAUGCCAAGACAUCUUUCCGUCUUCACAUGAACUCUGUCUACCCUUGCUCGCUGAUUUACAGCUCACGAACAGUGAGCUUGAACCUGAAGAGACUGAGACGAAGAGUUUAAUUGAGAGCACGGAAUCAAUUGUUCACGAUGAUGUUGGUAAAUCGCCCGGGCAGAUGCCGAUUGUCCCGAGGCCUCCGAGGCUAGCUCCCGUGGGCCUCAUCAAUGACUUCAUUCUCGAGAGUCUGUCAUACAAGAGUAUGCAUGAUCGCGAAAGUCAAGUCACUGAAGCCCACGCCAAGACUCUUGAUUGGAUCUUUGACAACUCGCCCAUCGACCAAUCUCUGCGUCAGAAUUUCAGAGACAGCUUCGUCUCAUGGCUAAGUGGCACAGACUUGGGCGCUAUCUACUGGAUCACUGGAAAACCCGGGUCUGGUAAAUCUACGCUCGUGAGAUACCUCUCGCAGCAUCCUGUCGCCCUGUAUCAUCUUCGCAGAUGGGGCGGCAAGAAGAGAGUCAAUACAGCGGGUUUCUUCUUUUGGACCAGUGGUUCUCGACAGCAGAGGUCGCAAACUGGUUUGUUGCGAUAUCUCCUGCAUCAGCUGUUGUCUUCAGAUCCAGAGCUCGUCGAAAAGGCGUUUCCUGAUCUCUGGAGUCGUUUGCGACAGAUGACAACCAAGGAACGAGUCAACUUUGCCCUAGAAUGGACUGUUCGAGAUUUACAGGCUGCCUUUCACUCUCUGCUGGACGCAGCCUUGCCUGGUGUGAAUAUAUGUCUCUUCAUCGAUGGUCUUGAUGAGUUUGAUGGCGACCAUGUUCAAAUCAUCAACUUCUUCAAAGACUUGACAUCCAGAUAUGAUGGCAAGUCACUCAAGCUAUGUCUUUCUUCUCGACCCUGGGACGUCUUUGAAAAGGCAUUUGGAACUUCUGUUCCCAACACGAAGCUUCAGGAUCUGAGCUACGAUGACAUGUACCGCUAUGCAACAGAUACACUCAAGGCGAAUGACCAGAUUCGAAGGCUUAUGAAGCAGAGUCAGGACUCGACUCGUCGCUUUAUCACUACGCUUGUUGAACAAGCCAAUGGCGUUUUCUUAUGGGUUAGACUUGCAGUUGAGCGUAUGCUUGUGACAUUUCAAAAGAACGACAGGUUCGAAGUCUUGGAAACAACUCUGAAAGAACUUCCCACUGAGCUUAAUGAUCUCUUCGAAAAGCUUCUUUUCAAGGAUCAGACAUCCCCAGAGAUCAUGCAAACUGCCACUCUGUUCCAGCUCAUGCAUGCCAGGGAAAUAGUCGCGGACUUUAUCAAAGAUGAGUCUUCCAACUCACUCACUGUCUGGGAAGUUGCUUUUGCACUGUUCAAAGAGGACGAUACUCUCGCUCUCCAGCGCGAAGUGAUAGAAGCCACGGAUGAAGAGAUUCAAAGACGCUGCGGAACUACAGUACAAUACAUUCAGGCCCGUUUCUCAAGGCUUUUGAACAUCCACGUUGCGAAACCCAUGGGCAACAUGCGCGUUCCCAAGUUCGAAGACAGAAAUGCCAGCGUUGCAAGUCUUAUCACGACAAGCAAGGUUAUUUACAUACACCGCACAGUCCGAGACUGGCUCAUGGACGGUGGGGCAGGAAAACGUCUCGAAGCACUCCAGUCUCCAGACUUUGACUCUCAUCUGCGACUUCUAAGAUCAUAUGUUCUGCGAUUGAAGCAUCCUCUCGAAGAAAUUGAGCAUCACCGGCGUUUGGAUGAGUGGUAUCCUGAUAUUGCACUCGCCAUGACACAUGCUCGAUAUAUCAGCAACGAUUCGCAUGGUCUUCAGAGAAGGUUUUUGAACGAGAUGGAUAAAACUCUAUCUUGGCUCUGGCUAGAGAAACCCUCGGAUCGGUAUGAUCAUUGGGCGAAGAGUACGUUUGGGGCUUACGAGAUUCGGAUGAAAGCACCUCCCAUUUACAGGCCUUUCUUGUGUCUCGCUACCAAGUUUGGCCUAACGGAGUAUGUUUGUCAAGAGAUCGCAGACCCGGGUCACGAAGCAGAGGCCCUUGAGGACGACGAAGAGGACGGAUCGACACCAUUGCUUUCAUACGCGACAGAAUUCCUUUGCUCUCGCAACAAAACCAUCUUCCCCAUGUCAUCACCCAAGCUCGUCCACUGGCUUCUCAAUAAUCCCUCACGCAUCAACCCCGGUCCCAAUCACAACUACAAGCACUUUGUCACACAUCAGCCGAUUACUCCAUGGCUAGCUGUUCUUCGCCAUCUUCGUGAUGCGAAGCGAAGGGGAUGGAUUGAGUACUACGAUAUCAACCCCGAGGGAACUGCGCGUUGGGCUGAGAUUGUAAGAGACUUUGUGCAGUUUGCGGAUGUCAAUGCUGUGAUUUUGAAGGAUAUGUGGGAUCCGGAGAUUACGGCCUUGGGAGUCAUGGAGAUGCUGGAGGAGACGUAUGGUUCUACUGAGGUACAGAGGAUCAGGGUCCUGAUGGAGAAGAAGAUGGCUCAGUAG